ACCAGGUUUUUUCAGAUCAACUAUAAGGACCAAUAUCGGUCCGGAUAUAUAUGUUCAGACCGAUUUGGGAUAUAUACGGACCGAUUGGUCGGUCUGAAUAUUACAUUCCUGCAGUAGUGAAUUGAUGGACGGGGUUGUGAUCGCAAAUGAGGUGGUAGAUGAAGCAAAAAGGAAGAAGAAAAAGUCAUUCAUGUUGAAGAUUGAUUUUGAGAAGGCUUAUGACAAGGUGAGUUGGAACUUCCUUGACUACAUGAUGAAGAGGAUGGGAUUUUGUAAUACUUGGAGGAACUGGAUAAGGGAAUGCUUAAGAAUAAGCCUAGUGUCAGCCUUCGUCAAUGGUAGCCUAACAAGACAAUUUGUAGUCUCAAGGGGGCUUAGGCAAAGAGACCCGUUGUCCCCAUUUUUAUUCCUAAUUAUUACAGAAGGCUUAAAUGGGCUGAUUUCAGCAGCAAGUCAGAAAGGAUUGUUGGAAGGCACGGAGGUUGGAUCUAGAGGUAUGAUCACCUCACUUGAUAAAAUUCAUAGAAGGUUCUUGUGGGGCAGGAUUGAGGGGGGUAAGAAAAUUAAUUGGGUUAAUUGGGGAAAUGUGUGUAAGGAUAAGGUGAGAGGAGGUUUGGGUGUAAAAGAUCUCAAGAAGUUCAAUAUGGCUUUAUUAGGCAAGUGGUGGGAGAGACUAAUGUUCGAGGAUAGAGGAUUAUGGAAAAAAGUUAUUUAUGAGAAGUAUGGAAAUGAAGGGGAACUAAGCUAUAAUUGGUUGAGGGAGGGCAUUAAUUCUAGCUCUAGAUGGUGGAGGGACUUAUGUAGGUUGAACGUAAUAGAUGAGGAAAAAAGGGGAUGGUUAGCUGAGGGGUUCAAACUAAACGUAGGAGAAGGAGUGGCAGUUAAAUUUUGGUGGGAUAACUGGUGUGGGAGGGGGAGUCUUGCUAACCAAUUCUCGAGACUUUAUCUAAUAUCUGUAAGAAAGGAUAACAAGAUCUCUCAAAUGGGGAAGUGGACUAAUGACACCUGGAACUGGAAUCUACAAUGGAGAAGGAGCCUCUACAAUUGGGAAAAACAACAGGAAACAGAGCUGCAUAAGCAAAUCCAAGAAGUCACAAUUAAAAGAGGAAAACUAGACUCGUGGGAAUGGAUUCACAACAAGGAUGGAAGCUAUUCAACAAAAUCAGCAUAUAAGGCACUCACAAUGGAUAAUAGAAUGGGACAGCAAGAAUCUACACUUCAAAAGGUCUGGAACCCUCUCAUCCCCAACAAAAUUGUAGCUUUCACAUGGCAACUGUUGCAGGAUAAAAUUUCAUCAAAGUUUAAUCUCCUUAAAAGGGGAGUGCUAAAGGAUCUUGAUGAGUGCAGGUGUGCUCUCUGUGAAAUAGAGAUAGAGGACACAAGCCAUCUUUUCAUCCAUUGCAAUUUAGCUUCAACUUUGUGGGCUAACUACUUUAAGUGGUGGGGAAUAAGUACAGCUCUUGACAAAGAUUGUUGGAGGGUGUUCAAACAGCACCCUAAUCUAUUCAGAAUGACAUGGGAGACGGAGGGUUGGGAAUGCAUGUGGUUCACUGUAAUCUGGACAAUCUAGUUAGCCAGGAAUGAAAAGAUAUUCUGCGA